GGGGGUGGAUAACAACAACAGCUAUACGCAGCGAGUGAGUCAGGCUGGCGAAGGUUCUCGCACAAAGAGAACAAGCGCCAUUUCUGCAGUUGCAGAAACGUCGAAGUGCGUUUAUUUUAAUGUAAAGUGUGGGGCAAGUAGUGGACAAGUUUCAUUCUGAACCUUUUUUUCAUAAAGAUCUUGGAUUUUUUUGUCAAACUGUUUAUAUGUUUACAUGCGAAGAGAAGCCGAGGGCGACACACGUUCCCCCCGCCUCCCCGAAGUAAACAGCGUGAAGGCGGGGCCUAGCUCGGCAGAGUCACGUGGGACAACAUUUUUAUAGUGGUAGGGCUGUUGGGGCAACACUGUAUGGCUACAAUGGCUCCUGCUCUCACUGAAACGGCCACAGAGGGACAUGGAUUCCAGCUGUCGUCGUCUUCCUUACCUUCCAGUUCCAUUGAACCUGACACAUUUAUGGAUGAGGAAGACACGCCUACAGAACAGAAGCUAAAUGGGGAAUGUGACACACAAUCUGUUUGGUCUCAACUUGCGCAUCCAUUUGCGGCACAUGGGCUUGGCAGUGAUGCAACUGAUUUGAAACAUGUACCUUAUGGACCUGUAAUUGUGCAUUCUUCAAUCCCAAACAAUACAACCCUGUUAACCAGUGCUAAUUCUCUACUAGACAUACUGUCUUUAAAAUGUAAUCUUAAAAGUAAGAAUAAAUUGUUUAGCAAAAACUCUGUCAUUCUUGCCAAGAAAGAAUUACCCUGUGAUAGGACUAAGCAAACAUCUGCUUCUAAUGCUAGCAAAAUGUAUGUACCUGAAGCAGAGCUUAGGAGUAAUAAAAAUGGUAUGAAAGACUUAAGCUCCCAGAAAAACAGCUCUUUGAAGUGUCUGGGCGUGUUAACCGCUGCUUGUGAGAUGAAAUUGGCUUGUAGUUCAGUUUCAGUGAGCCUCAACACUCCUGGUAGCAUAACUUCAAAUCAAAAAGCAGAGUUGAAAUCAAUCAAAGCAGACAAAACUUGGGAUACUGUACCAGCAGAGGAUGCCAUUCAGAUCAGAAAUUUAUUGCGUAGUGCCAGGCAAUCGGCCCAGCAGAGAAAACCAGAAAAACUCAGUAAUUUCACAAGUACAAGGGAAACUGAAAUGGAUACUCAGCUACUUGAGUGUCUUGGCAGACAACAAGAGCUAGCUAAAAAGGCCAGCCAACUUAGAAAGCGUUUGCAGCUAAUACAAGCCAAGCAUGUUGAGCAUCAUGUUCAGUGCAAAAUUCAAGAAUUAAUAGAAUCCCAGCACCAAAGGCAGACAGAAAUUAGCAAAAUCGCCAGUUCAAAAACCGAGUCUGCCAUUUUUGCAGGAGUAAAACACGGUGAUAGCGUGCAGUCUGGAUUCGUGCCAAAUCCCAUCAACUCUGAACUCUAUGAAUAUAUGUGUUUUUCAAAAGCACUGCUUUCACGCAUAGAAGAAAAUGUGGAUUCCGAUGCAACUGUCAGUAGCACAGAUGAGGAUUCAGAUAGUGAAGAGGUUUCAUUGAAGAGGAAUAUGCCAUUCAAGUACAGGUCAGAAUGGAGAUGGACCAUUGAUCGCGCUGCAAUUGCAAGCCGGUGGACGUGGCUUCAAGCCCAGAUAUCAGAGCUAGAGUAUAGGAUACGGCAAAUAAAUGAAAUCUACAGGCACAUACGUGCUGUAAAGGAAAUAGUGAUCCUGGAUGAUUCUCAGCAUUCCAAAGACGUUCUCAAAAAACCGAUGCAGUUGACAGAAGCAGCAACUUUAUUAGCUGCAACCGAGGAUAAUAAAGCUCCUGCAGAGAUAAAGGAUUCAACCCUGGAAUGCAAUUUGGAAAUGUCACCAAGCAGCCCUUCGCUUCUUUUAAGGAACAUAGAUAAACAGAGUGCACAGCUAACAGAAUCAGUCAACAGUUUGAUACCGCCACUCAAUUUAUCACCUGCUUCUUCUCCUGUCUCCUGUAAGGCAUGCAGACAUCUUGAUGGCAUCACCUGCAGUGUUUUAGGUGGUGACGAGUCUGGUUCUUCAAACAGUUCUGGAUGUGAGGAGUCUAAGAAAAAGCAACUGGUCAAGGCAACACAGCGGACUCUUUCGAUGGAUGACACAUCAGCCAGAACUAGGCCUCUCCGGAUGCAACAUAAACACAGACUUUUCAGUUGUGUUUAUGAUGUAAGCAGGCAGGUUCAGCAGGCUACAACUGUGCAGUGUAAAUGUUGCUGGCCAGUAUCCUGUGAAAUGUGUGGUCCAGAUAAAACAACUGACGCAUUAGACUCAAGGACAAUGACACUGGAAGAACAAGUAGCUGUGUUGGACCCUUGCUUCCACCCAAUAUUGUCACUGCAUUGUGAUAUACCUCUUAGUGUACACGUUCAAGGUUUGUUGCAUAAUGAAGACUGGAACAAGCAGCCCUUUCCAUCAAUACUGAAUGCGUUAAAGGCUUCUUUAUCAAACAGUACACUUUGUAAAAGUCAUACUUGUGAGGAUGCCUUGGAUUUAGUCAGGUGUAACAUGAAUAAAGAUCUCUAUGCCAAGGCACUAGGACAACACUGGAACCAGUCAUCUUCUGUCCCUAAGCUACAGACUCCAGCAGAAGCAUCGAGGAAGCCCCUCAAGGAAUUAAGAAAGAGAAGACAUUCGAAUGAAAAAACUACUGUUUUAAAUAAACGACACUGUGCUCCGCUGAACUCCAGUGAAUUUCCUUCUGGUUCUUUGGUGAAAACAGCACAGCCUCCUGUCCCUAUUCAACACACUCCAUGUUCCAGCCCGGCAGAUGUCUGGGCACUCAGAUCAACACCACCCCAAAGACCACUUGCACAGGCAAAGGAUAUUCCCUUACGGCAAAGACAGCAAAGUGAAUAUUGUUACGAUAUUGAUAACAUUGUGAUUCCCAUGUCACUGGUUGCCACCUCCAAAAUUGAGAAGCUGCAGUACAAGGAAAUCGUUACACCGAGCUGGCGAAUUGUGGCUAUCAAACCAUUGAAGGAACGUCAUAUACAAGGGAAAAUGCUAGAAGAUCUUUCAGAUGAAGCAUUUGCCUUGCGACAUAAAAAACAUGAAAGAAGGGAGCAGGCAAGGUGGUUCCUAUGGGAGCAAAGCAGAUGUCACCGAAGGAGCAACAGGUUGUCAUCCUUCAGUAAGAAUAAUGAUGAGCAUUUGAAUCCUCACCUUCCAGCUUCUCCAGAUAAUGAAAGUCAGCUCAACUAUUCUAGCUCCGUGUGCUGUGUUUCUGAGAUGGUACAAAGUGAAGAAACUCAGGAUUUACUUUUGGAGGGAGUGACCAAUGCAAAGGUCGUUCUGCCAUGGAAUUGUCGUACUUUCCCUCUGAGCGAUGAAGAGGUAAAAUGCUUAACUCACCCGGAGGUGGUUGUAUUUGAUAAAAGUGGGUUUCGGCCACUCACAAGGUCAUACUUGGCACUCAGUGGGAACAGCCCAGCAGCUCCAAACCAGUCACCCCCCUGCACUGGGACUUCAGAGCGAGUGCCAUUUACUGGACAGAUAAUUGCUGAAGAAACAGAAUGUAAACUCCCACUCCGGGGACAGAACAGUGUAAAGAAAUAAUGCCAAUAAACCUGAGGUUUAUUUAGCAAACAGAGAAAAUUAUUGGAUGAUCAUAAGCCAAGGAUUAAAUUGAAGCCAUUAUCUUCAAGAAAUCACCCUAUGGUCGUGAAAGACACCUGCAAUCUUGUAAGCUUUUGGGCUGAUUUUUUACCUAUUAAAAAAUCAUUCAAACUCAGCAAAAGUUCGGAGGUCAUGCAAAGAGCUGCAGUGUUGGAUGUCUUCAUUGAGGGGAAUGAAUGUGGAUUAUUAUUAUUAACAGGUUCAAGCCUGAAGUAGUCAUGUAGCCUCAAUGAGAACAGCAGUAUUCAACAUGUUAGCUUGUAAUCUACUGGACAUUCUGCAUCCUAAGAUCGUUCGACCAGCAGCUGGAUCUGAGGUCAUAAUGAUUAGAUCAAGAGAAAAUUUGUGUUCGGGAAUUGUUCCAAAACUGUUUUUUGUUUUCUUUUCACACCCUGUUGCCUUCUGUUUACUUUUUAAAAAGUAAAGUUAUUUUAGUUACUAAAAA